AUGGGCAAACCAACCCCUCCGGCCUAUACACCCGGCGCCGGUAGCAGUGCCGACGCCGACCCUGACGCCUUGUCACUCCACACUCCCACCGGUGGUGUUAGCGACCCAGCCUUUCCUCUUGAUCUCGACGCUCCCGACCUGGGAACUGAUGACCUCCCACCUCUCUACUCUGAUAUCGACAAUGACGCUGGCAGCGGUGCCCCUCUUUUACCACCUGGAACUCAAUUCGGCCAGUCCGCCGACCUGGCACCCAAACAGGUUGACCAGAACACUGGAGUCGAGGUCUUUGUCACCUCGGUGUUCGAAGCCGACCCUAAGCUUCUAGAGAAACAGGUCAACAUCUCUGCUGCAAAGCCACCCAGGCCAUUCGUGAGAAUCCAUGGUACUCACCGGCAGAUGGUGGAGGAGAACGGCAAAAAGACUGAGAAAGCCGUGACCGACUUUGAAGUCUCUGUCGAACUCACGCCCUAUCUCUUCUCUGAUGUCGCCACUCAGCUCUCAUGGCGUGAGACACGCACCGUUGAGAAUAACGAAAAGACCUGUCGAGGCACUGUCUUCAGAAAAAGAGCUCCUGGAUACAAACAAGACAUCGAGAUUGGCACAGGCCCCAAACCUACCCUGGCUGAGUGGUGCCACCGUUACUGCGCCAGCCAUGCCACCGUCAAAUGCUUUGUCCUCCGCCGUCGUGUCGUUGGCUUUGACGAGGAGAAACUUCGAAGUCAGCUCGACGCUCUCGUCCGCAGCACCAACUACCGCGGCAGCGUCUGCAUCACCUUCCCGGUCAAGGACGAAUAUGUAUUCAUCUACAACGACUGCUGGAUCAACAGGUGGCGCCACACGAGCUGGAUCCGCUGGAUCUUCUAUCUCACCUUCCUGUGGAUCUUCUCCUGGCCAUUCUUAUACUUCUUCACCAAGACCUUUGAGGUUGUGACGGCCGAUUGGGACUUUUCCAGGCCGCAGGAAAAUGGCAGACUGGCCUAUGUCAGCAUGUCGGAGGAUCAUAUCUACAACACCUGGGCGAGGGCCAUCAGCCGUGCUGUUUUGGGGAAGAGGCAGACGUGUCUGGACCACAAUGAUCUUGUUGCGUCUCACACUGAUGGGCCAGAUGUUGUGGCUGACGUUAUGGACGCGGUCAAUGCUCCGAGCUUUGUGAGACGAGGUGUCACGGCCAUUGCGCAUGUCAACCGUCAGCUUGGAUGGGGUUCGGACUGGUCGUGA